ACAAAUGUUGGUGUGCUCUGUGUGGUACAGUACAGUUUUCUGAUCAUCGGAUCAUGGCAGACUGAGAAGGACAGAGGGAAAAAAAAAGUGAUUGUUGGUGUUUGUCUUCCCGUCCAUUGUUAGUCAGGGGUGACAGAAUUGGGUGUGUCCGGGUGGUAAGUCAGAGCAAACUGCCUGCUGAGUUCAAUUAGAUGUUACAGAAUCUGUGGAGUAGAGUUUACAUGAGGAGCUUGCAUGGGCAUCAGCCUUAUUGAAAUACAGUAUGGAGAUGUUAAGCAGACUAACUGUUCCUGCAAGUAAAAAAUAUCGACAGCUUCAGAAGAUGGUGCAGGACAUCAAGAAGAACGAUGGCAGUAUUCUGGACAAAUUUAAGAGAUUAAAAAGUAAACCUGCUCCAAAAGUACCUGCAAGAGACUAUCCUGGUGACCAAGAUGACCACUGGUCUGAUGAUGAGUUUGAGAGUGACACGUACGAGGAUCCACAGGAAGACCAAGAUGACAGCUAUGAGCCUCCUCCGAUUCACAGGGUCUUCACCCCCAAUCCCUCCAACACCUCCUUCCCAAACGAGCACUACCUCGACAGCUGCCACCGCAGGCCAAGUCCCUCACCCCGGAAGCCCACCGGCCCACAGAAGACCUCCAAACCCCUGCCGCCAAAGCCUCAGCAGGCAGACUGCGAUCAUGAAGACAAAUCAGAAAGUGAAGAAGACAAUUAUAUUGAACCCACAGAGAAACCUGCAGCUCAACCUCACAUCCAUGGAAGGACCAGAGCAGUGAGGAACAGUUCCUCUCCCAAGCCUCUUCCAGAGAAGCCAGACUCUGAUGUGUAUGAAGUCCCAGGCUUUGAGGAAGACACUCCAACAGCAAGCAGUAGACCCUCAGGUCUUAGAGCUCCUUCACAGACUCUACUACCGAAGGCCAGCCCCAGAUUGCAUAUUAGGAAACCGCAACUGUUUCCCGCCAAAGUACAGCAGCCAGAAAAUGAUGACUAUGAAGUUUGUGACCGAGAUGAUGACGUUAAACCCAAUGAAGAACCUACACGUGUUGCUCCAAAACCACUGCCCAGAGAGCCGCAUGCUGCAAAACCCUCCAUCUCAACAAAGCCAUACUUACCACCCAGACAGCAUGAAGUGUCAACACUUCCCAUGAGAACCACUAGUCAAACACCCUCCACUGCAUCACUGCCAUCUGAAUUCAAACGACCCAAGAUUCCUCUGCCACAGCUGUUUAACUCCCCCAAACACAGGGUAAAGUUGCCAGAGGAAAAGGUUGCCAGAGGAAAUGUGUCUAUAACUGAAAAUGGGUCAAAAGACGAUGAGGGGGCUGAUGUCCUAAAGAAACCCUGGUACGCAAGUGCAUGUGACCGCAAGAAAGCAGAGGAUGCGUUGAUUCGCUCUGAUAAGGAUGGGUCCUUCCUGGUGAGGAAGAGCUCUAGUCAGGACAUCCAGCAACCCUACACACUGGUAGUGUUCUACAAUAGUAGGGUCUACAACAUCCCAAUCCGUUACAUCCAGGUGUCCCAGCAGUACGCUCUUGGGAGGGAGAAGAAAGGAGAAGAGCGUUUCAGCAGUGUCUCUCACAUGAUAGAGAACCAUCAGAGGCAUUCCCUGGUGCUGAUUGACAGCCAGAGUAACAGCAAGGAUUCCACCAAACUGAAUUAUGUGGUGAAGCCCUAGGCAGAUGUUUAGUGCCAUUGCUGAACAAACUGGACUCAAUGCUUUGGAAUGAUUCUCUCCCCAUCCACUGAGUAUUUUAUACAUCUUAAAUUAACAGUAAUGAGAGUGGUGCUUCAAGAUCCAAAGUUUAUGGGAUUCAACUAAUAGACAAUAAGUAGAAAUGCAGUAUUUUGCGUUAAAUGAAAGUCUUAAGUGUUUUUUCAAAGUGGACACCAACACACAUUAAGUGAUCGUCAUAUCAUUUGAAUGUAUUUAUCUGUACAACAUGAAAUACUAUGAGACGAGCCUGAACAAGAUUAAAGCAGUCAUUGUGUAAAAAG